CUCGAAAUAUAUUUGGUGAUUCCUGCUCAAGUUUGCGCAAUAAUUUAAUUUGUUGAGAUGAGUAUGUUUUUUUUAAAUUUAUUUACUAAAAAUGUUUUGCUAAGGAUGUUCGCCAUAUUGGUGUGAAAUGUUUUGAAGUGUGCAGUAAUGUUAAACUAAUGUGAACGUAGUGGACAUUUUGUGUGUGGAAUUGCACUAAAGUAUAAACUAAAUCGUAAUGGAAAAAUUUCCUCUAAAAGGCAGCAGGGAGAUUGCAGCUGAAGGGAAUAGUUACAUUACAGCCUAUCAGUCGGUAUUAAAAAAGUCGAAUGGUCAUACAGGAGCCAUAGGAGAUAUUACUGAUACUCAGGAUCAUCCAUUGGCUACAUCAUCUCUAACAAAAGAGGGUAACGGCUCUGCUGCUAAAACUUCUCUCACAGUUCCCGACGACGACGACGACGAAAUGAUUGACAUCACACCCCAUUCAAGUCCAGGAGAUGCGGGACAUUCGUCCAGUUUUAAUUACAAACGUCACACUUCGGCUGACUCAGAUAUGGAGGCUGAUCAUUACAUGCGAAAUCAUCACCAUGUUCCAACACAUAGCGCCUUCGGCGAUGCAAAUGAUAGUGGAAUGGCGUUCUACGGUGUAUCGGAUGCACACGAUGAUAUACCAGGUAUUGGACAGUACGAUGAUUUUCACACGAUCGAUUGGCAGCGUGAUAUUGCCCGCGAUCGCAUGCGCCAUCGCUAUAUAGUGAAAAAGCGGCAGGAUUCAUUGUGGGAUUUGCUAAAGGGUGCUCAUGACGCGUGGUCUGGUUGGCUCUGUGUCCUCUUUGUUGGUAUUGCUGCUGGUUUCGUAGCUGGCAUGAUCGACAUUGGCGCUAGUUGGAUGUCCGAUUUGAAACAUGGUAUUUGCCCGCAGGCUUUUUGGUUCAAUCGCGAGCAAUGCUGUUGGCCAACCAAGCAGUCCGUUUUCGAGGAAGGAAAUUGUUCAACGUGGAAAACCUGGCCUGAGAUAAUGGGUAUGGAUCGCAAUGGGACCGGUGCCUAUAUUGUCUCCUAUUUCUGGUUCAUUUUGUGGGCUUUGAUGUUUGCAGCACUAAGUGCAUCUUUAGUGCGCAUGUUCGCUCCAUAUGCUUGUGGAUCUGGUAUUCCUGAAAUCAAGACGAUUCUUUCGGGUUUUAUUAUUCGCGGUUAUUUGGGAAAAUGGACAUUACUAAUUAAAUCUGUUGGUCUGAUGCUUUCUGUAUCAGCGGGUUUAACGUUGGGCAAAGAAGGUCCCAUGGUACAUAUUGCCAGCUGUAUUGGCAAUAUAUUUUCUCAUAUGUUCCCCAAAUAUGGACGCAACGAAGCAAAGAAAAGAGAGAUCUUAUCUGCAGCUGCAGCAGCUGGUGUUUCUGUGGCUUUCGGUGCACCAAUUGGUGGUGUUUUAUUCUCGCUUGAAGAGGUCUCUUACUACUUUCCAUUAAAAACACUGUGGCGAUCUUUCUUUUGUGCUUUGAUUGCUGCAUUUGUUUUGCGUUCGCUGACACCCUUUGGUAAUGAGCAUUCAGUUUUAUUCUUCGUCGAAUACAAUAAGCCUUGGAUAUUUUUCGAGCUUAUACCAUUCGUCUUCUUAGGAAUAAUGGGCGGUGUGAUCGGUACUAUUUUCAUCAAAGCAAAUUUAUGGUGGUGCCGUUAUCGUAAAUUUAGUAAGCUUGGCCAAUAUCCUGUUGCUGAAGUGCUAGUGGUAACACUCGUUACUGGCAUCUUAUGCUUUCCUAAUCCAUUCACUCGAAUGAAUAUGAACGAGCUUAUUUACUUGCUUUUUAGCCAAUGCUCUCCGGCCGACAGCACGAACCCACUAUGCGAUUACAAGCGUAUGAACAUCACAAAUGGUGCCACGUCUUCGAUAGAAGUAACGGAGCCGGGCCCUGGUGUAUAUCAUGCCAUUAUUUUACUGCUACUAGCUUUUGUAUUCAAGCUUGCUUUGGCUGUUUUUACAUUUGGAAUGAAAGUGCCAGCGGGAUUAUUUAUACCAUCCCUUUUAAUGGGUUCAAUUAUGGGUCGCAUUGUAGGAAUUGGCGUGGAACGUUUUGCGUACAGCUAUCCGAAUAUAUGGCUCUUUACGGGUGAAUGUGUUAAUGGCAAAAAUCUGAUUACACCCGGAUUGUAUGCAAUGGUAGGCGCAGCAGCUACUUUGGGUGGUGUUACACGCAUGACAGUCUCUUUAGUAGUAAUCAUGUUUGAAUUGACUGGCGGCGUUGGCUAUAUAGUUCCGUUGAUGGCGGCAGCAAUGGCCUCAAAAUGGGUUGGCGACGCACUUGGUAGACAGGGUAUCUAUGAUGCGCAUAUAGCUCUUAACGGUUAUCCGUUCCUAGAUAGUAAAGAAGAGUUUGCACAUACAACACUGGCAGCCGACGUAAUGCAGCCAAAGAGAAAUGAAACGCUUAAUGUAAUCACACAAGAUUCCAUGACUGUGGAUGAUGUCGAGACGCUAUUAAAAGAAACGGAGCACAAUGGAUAUCCCGUUGUAGUGUCAAAAGAAAGUCAGUAUUUAGUGGGAUUCGUUCUGCGCAGGGAUCUAAAUUUAGCUAUAGGAAAUGCCAAACGCUUGAUUGAGGGCAUAACUGGCGCAUCAAUAGUAUUAUUCACUUCAGCAUCAGCAGCAACACAAAAUUUGGGACCACCACCGCUCAAGUUGAAAAAGAUACUUGAUAUGGCACCCAUAACGGUGACAGAUCAGACACCUAUGGAAACUGUGGUGGAUAUGUUCAGAAAGUUGGGCUUACGACAAACUCUAGUGACACACAACGGUCGUCUGCUGGGUGUUAUAACGAAAAAAGAUGUUUUGCGUCACGUCAAGCAAAUGGACAAUGAGGAUCCAAAUACUGUCUUAUUCAAUUAAUUGAGAAUAUAUGUAUAUUGUCUUGAUUUAACACAGUUCUUUUCGUACUUGGUGUUUGUCAUCGGGAUCCGUUAAGUGAUUUUUCAUCACUUGAGAAACACCUUGUUGUAUAAUAAUUACAUAUUUAGCUGAAUUAUUUUCAAUAUAAUUUUUUGUUACUCUAACUAUACGUUUAGCAUAUACAAUUCGUGCUGGCAUCUAAUUAUGUAUUUAGUUGUAUGUGUAUGAUCAAAGGAUUAUUUAUUGUAUUAUUUCUCGAGAAUUCAAUAUUUUGCUGAUAGGAAAUUGUAUUAACUAUAUAUUUUGGCAGCGCCAAAUUUGAUAAUAUCAAUCUUUCGAAGCUUAGAGGAUUCAAUUUUAUGUACAUAUGUAUUUGAGUGCGCGUUAAGGAUCCAAUUUUUUUCCAUUAUACAAGUAUAUAUAUAUUUUUGAUAUAUUUUAUGUAAAUUGUUAAAUUUAUAUGUUUACAAUUUUAAUAUAUUUCUAUCGAUCUGAUAUUUUGCAAAGAAAAACACUUUAUAAUACCAUAUAGACGAUUUUAUGUAAACUGUAAGAAAUACUAGGAUCAUAUAGCGAUAGAUGUAUCAAUAAAAUGUCACCAUAUAUCAAAUACACUUUGCUGUGUAUUCAAUUUUCUUUACAUCACUACUUAUUAACGGAAGAGAAAUUAAAAAAGAAAUGUAUAUGUGAAGAUCAUAAAUAACUAUAUUUGUUUAUAAACAUUUUUGCUUUAUUGUAGCAUGGUAGAAGAUACUAAUAACCCUGUUAUAAGGCACAUUUAAAAUGUACAAAGCUUAUAAGCAACAACUAUAAUUUCUUUCUUUGUUCAAUUCCUAUAUAGUCUUCCUACUACGGGUUACAAUCGCGGACAUUUUUGUUUUAUACACUUUUUAGGAAUACUUUUCGAGCAAAGUGAGUAUAAACAUUUUUAAGAAAAAUGUGUGCACACAUGUUUGAAUAAUAGUAAUGAAGAAACACCUUUUUUGAAUAUUUUGUGUCUGUGAUUUGUAAGCAAAUCGGAUUAAAUGGUUGAUAAUUGUAUUGAAGGAAACAUAUGAAAUUUUUUAUAUUACAUCUAUAUUAUAAAUAAACAGUUAUUAUACAAUACACAUAUUAUUUUAAAUAUACUUGAAAAAUUAAUGUGCAGUCAUGAAGCAUUAUUCAUACAAUUUUACAACAAAUAUUUGUGUAUAAACGAGAGUGAAUAAUUAAACGCAUAUGUACAUAGUAAAAUUAAACACAAUAAAUUCCAAUUAUUAUAAAUUAAUAUUA